GGAGUUGUGGUUUUCGGUGCCCCCCGAGGUGGGCAGGAGCAGGAGCCCGGGUGCCGCCUGCCCUCCUUCCUUCAUUUCCCAUCGUGCUGAGGCGGGUGGUAUGGCGGAGAAGGAUGACACCGGAGUUUGACGAAGAGGUGGUGUUUGAGAAUUCUCCACUUUACCGGUACUUACAGGAUUUGGGACACACAGAUUUUGAAAUAUGUUCUUCUUUGCCACCAAAAACAGAAAAAUGUUUGCCUACAGAGGGACCUCAAAAACCUUCCACAAGAGUCCUACCAAAACAAGGCAUCCUGUUCAAACUGACAGAAACCAUCAAGAGCUGGACUUUUUCUACUCAGUUCAGUAAGAAGGAUCAAUUACUCCACAAGUUGGAUACUGGAUUCCGACUGGACUCAUUACAUACCAUCCUGCAACAGGAAGUCCUGCUACAAGAGGAUGUGGAGCUAAUUGAGCUACUUGAUCCCAGCAUCCUGUCUGCAGGGCACCCUCCCCAGGAAAAUGGACACCUUCCAACACUCUGCUCCCUGGCAACCCCUAAUGUUUGGGAUGUAUCGCUGCUAUUUGCCUUCAUUAGUUUGCUCAUUAUGCUUCCCACUUGGUGGAUUGUGUCUUCCUGGAUGGUAUGGGGAAUAAUUCUAUUGCUUUACUUGAUCACACGAGCUUUGAAAUUAUGGAGGACAGCCAAACUGCAAAUGACUCUGAAAAAAUAUAGGGUCCGUUUGGAAGAUAUGGCCGCAAAUAGCCGAGCUUUCACCAACCUUGUGAGAAAAUCUCUGCGUCUUAUCCAAGAAACUGAAGUCAUUUCCAGGGGAUUUACUCUUUUGCUUGACAGGGUCAGUGCUGCUUGCUCAUUUAAUAAAGCUGGACAGCAUCCAAGCCAGCAUCUCCUGGGCCUUCGGAAAGCUGUCUACAGAACUGCAAGAGCCAACUUUCAAGCUGCAAGGCUAGCUACCCUGUACAUGCUAAAAAACUACCCCCUGAACUCUGAGAGUGACAAUGUUACCAACUACAUCUGUGUGGUACCUUUUAAGGAACUGGGGCUUGGCCUCAGUGAAGAACAGAUAUCAGAAGAGGAAGCUCAUCACUUGACAGAUGGCUUCAGCCUGCCUGCCUUGAAGGUUUUGUUCCAACUCUGGGUGGCACAGAGUUCAGAGUUCUUCAGGCGUUUAGCCCUGUUACUUUCUACGUCUAAUUUGCCUUCGGGGCCCUUAGUUACUGAGGCUCUCUUGCCUCACCGAAUCCUGUCUGAUGUGACUCAAGGUCUACCUCAUGCUCAUUCUGCCUGCUUGGAAGAACUGAAGCGCAGCUACGAGUUCUUUCGGUACUUUGAAACUCAGCACCAGUCGGUACCCCAGCGUUUAUCCAAAACUCAGCAGAAGUCAAGAGAACUGAAUAAUGUUCACACAGCAGUGCGCAGCUUACAGCUCCACCUGAAGGCCCUGCUGAAUGAAGUAAUAAUUCUUGAAGAUGAACUUGAAAAGCUUGUUUGCACUAAAGAAACACAGGAACUGCUAUCAGAGGCUUACCCGAUACUAGAACAGAAGCUGAAACUGAUUGAGCCGCAUGUGCAGGCUAGCAACAGUUGCUGGGAAGAAGCCAUUUCUCAAGUGGACAAACUGCUGCGGAGGAAUACAGGUAAAAAAGGCAAGCCUGAAGUAGUGUGUGAAAACCCACACUGCACUGCGGCACCCUUGAUGCGCCCUACUCUGCACAUUGAAGACAGAGACCCUAUCCCUGAGGAGCAGGAAUUAGAAGCGUAUGUGGAUGACAUAGACAUAGAAAGUGAAUUCCGAAAGGAUGAUUUAUAUCACUUGUCUCAAGAAGACAAAGAGAGACAGAAGCGGGAGCAGGAGGAAUCCAGGAGGGUGCUGCAGGAGUUAAAGUCUGUGCUGGGAAUGAAAGCUUCGGAGGCAGAAAGGCAAAAAUGGAAGCAACUUCUGUUCAGUGACCACGUUUCUCUAUCUUCCCCUAUAAUCAGCUGUCACUUUUGCUGCUGUGUUCUGUGCCUGCCUUCCGCAAUAGGCCCCUAUUUUGCUGCUUAUAAUUCGCUGUGGACUGAGAAACCAGAUUGCCAAGCUUGCUAGAACUGUGUCUAAACUAAGAGUAAGUAGACUGGAAAAGGCUAAGAGCUUUUCUGUUGGUCAUGUGCAUGGACUGUGUCAUGCCUGUUUGGCUGCUUUGCAUUCUUCUAUUUACAUUUUGUGUCUUGCUAAAAAUACUUGGUUGAAAAUAUGAUUUCCAUAUAUUUGAAAAUAUUAAUUUGGUGUUUAUAUCCUGAUAUUUCUAGGAUCCCUCACUAAUGAAUUCAACUGUAAAGGAAAAAUUGACUGUCAUCUUUUUAUGUCAUUGUUUGUGUUCCAGAAAAAUGUUAGUCAUUUGUUUUUGUUAGUCUCCACUCAGUACACAGGUUUAAAGUUUAUGUCAUUAUUAUGAAUCCUGCAUAGUAGUUACUGAUUUGAAACUAAAUAUAACUCAUUUGGUAAGAACUGGCUAACUUGAUUGGGAGUGAAUCAUUCAGACAACCCAGUUCUUUAAUAACAUAUGAAAUAUACCUUAAUCUUUUCUAUAUUAAAAUGAUUAUUACUGGGCUGGAGAGAUGGCUCAGAGGUAAUGUGAUUGCCGCAUAAGCAUGAGAAUGGAGAACCUUCAUUCGGGUUCCCAGCACCGAAAUAUAAAGGGGAGUAUAAUGGAGUAACCCUGAGGGUUAGAAUCAGGAAACGUCUUGAAACUCUGGCCUAAACAGUGAGAGUGGUCUAAAGAAACACUGAGCGCCAACCUGUGACCUAACACACACACAGAGACACAAUCACACCCAAAUAAGUAUACACAUAACCUCAUGUGUACAUGCACACACAAGCAUAUAGAUAUAUACAAAAUUAUUAUUAUUAUCACAAUUAUUGGUUUUUAAGACAGGGUCUCUCUAUGUAGCCUUGGCUGUCCUGGAACUCACUGUAUAGACAAGGCUGGCCUUGACUUCUGCCUGUCUCUGCCUGCCAAGUGCGAGGAUUAAAGACAUGCACUACCACACCCAGCUCAAAAUGAUCAUAUUAACAUUGGCUAUUAUACUCUGAUACACUAAACACUGAGAACUGUCCCAUCUUUGAGCUCCAUUAACAUUGGCUAUUAUACUCUGAUACACUAAACACUGAGAACUGUCCCAUCUUUGAGCUCCAUUUGCCUGAGCUUUAAUUAUCAUGUGUUUGAUUUUGAUGGUUACUCCCAUUCCUACAUUUAUGUUACUGUUUCCUUAAGUGUGCUGUAAUUAGCAGCCUUUCUCCAUGUUCACAUAUGCCUUCCGAUCUGGUUGAAGACUGGAUGACUCUGCGAGUUAAAUUGUGUAAGGUAAGAGCACAUAGAGGUGGACCAAAAAGACCUACUACUUGAGCCCAUUGACUUUUCUGUAGCAUUUCUUAUGACCCUCUAAAUUGCAGUCCUUGAUAUAAUAAAAAUACUGGUUUAAAUGCCUGCUCUCAAAAUAGAAUUGUCAUUACACAGAAAUAACCAUUUUGCCUUCUCUAAAGUUAGUUCUAUAUUGUAAUUCUUUUGUGGUAAUUAAAACCAGUCCAUUGGAGUUGGCAUUGUCAUUUAUAUUUUCUGUUUGAAUUGGAUGCCACAUGCUGUUAUGAAUUUCUUUUGGCUUUUUAUAAAAAGAGAAAUGCAUCUUCACUUCCAAAAUGAAGUACAGUAAGCCUGGAAAACAAAAAAACAUUAAUUAUUGAAGGUGUCUGAAAAGUAUUGGGCUUGUAGACUCUAGGCUACGAAAACUUAAUUCUUUAAUAUGCUAGGUUUUUAAAUGGUACCUUUGCUUUCUUUCAUUCAACUUAAGGAAAUAUACAUUAAAAGCUUCCCAUGAUUUAUCACUGUUGGAGCUAAGGCCAAUAACAGAGUGAUAGAAUUUCCACUGCCAUUCAGUAGCUGAUAUGCCUAAAUUAGCCUUUAAUAUAUAAAACAAGCAAGAUGAUGUUCCUCUCUCUAAUGAAAAAAAUGUAAUAUUCUCACAUAAUACUAGAAUCUGUCUAGAAGUGCUCUCCUAGUGUUCAUUUCAUUGUUCUAUUGGGACUCAUUUUCAUCAUACACAGUGUGAGUAGUAUGGCAGUCUAUUUUAUAAUCAUGCUUCAUGCAGCUGGCCUUCAGUUAUCCAGGUUAAGGAAGGGAAUUACGAUACAGUAAUUGUAAAAAUAAUGGUCCAAACCAGUUUCUUGUGUUGACACCAUUGUAGAAGAGAGUGAUGCCAGACAUGCUUGGUGCUUCUUUUUGAAUAAGCCGUUAGAGGAGCAUACUUCUACUUAGUGCAGCUGCUGUAAACCAAAGAGAAGGAAUUCAUACCAGGGCAGAAGUUAGCAGAAUCAAGAACUGACUUUAUACCUAACUUUAAAUGUGUGAUAAAAUCCAGGCAUGGUGAAACACGGCUUUAAUCCUAGCACUCCAGAGACAGAAGCACUUGUAUCUCUGAUUUUGAGGCCAGCCUGGGCUGCAUAAUGGAUUCCAGGUCAGUCAGGAUCAUAUAGUAAUAAUUGUGUGAUAGACUAAAAUGCAUAUGAUGCCUUUAAAAUGUAGUACAUUAGUAUCCAUUUUAGUCUAUGAGCUGUGACAUUAGUUUUAUCCCUGUGUACUGAAAUUCAUUUAGCACAUGUGUUGGUAAAGUAGAAAUGAUGGUUAGGAUGUGUAUACUUCUGGAUUAUGCAAGCUUAAAAAUGAGACUAUAGUUGUCGUGCUAGGCAGAUAUAUUUAUUCUUAUUUAUUUCUUAAGACUUUUCAGUUUUAUAACAUUUCCUAAACAUUGACUACAUACAGAUAAGUUCAUUGUUGAAUAUUUUUUUCUGAAACUAAAGUAUGUCAUUUGUAAAUUCACUCCUUUAUAGUGAUCUAAACAACUUCUUAGCCCUCUUCUUCCAAGUUAAAUGACUAAGUUGACUCCAUUUCUAAGUCCAAGUAUGUUCUCCCUUCUCCCUACUAGUCUGUACCUUCUGUUCAAUACUGCAACUUAUUCAGGCACAGUAUUAGUAUGUAACAAUGUAUGGAAGGCUCCAAGAACAUCACUCGUGUCCCUUAAAGGUUGGUAUGUGGCCCUGAUACAGCCCUGAAGGCCCACAUGGGUGAGGAGCCCAGAAGCCCAUUCCAGAUGAAAGCAGUCCCAAGGAGUUUGGUUUUGUUUGGGUUUGUUCUAGGUAUGGUCCCAGGGAUCCCAGAUCAAACCAGGCCCCUGGGCCUAUCCUAGAACCAACCUAAGCCCGUGCAUCAUUCCUGAACCAUCCAGAGUGUGAAGACUGAAGAUAACUGAGGCUGACCACACAUCCUGUACUCAGCAAGAUUCACUUUUCAUAUGUGUAUCUGUUGUUUAGCAAGCAUUGGCUGGUUGAUCUAUCUAAAAUCAAAGUGGCAUCUGGUAACAACAAAGUCUCCCGAGACUAAUAUAUACUACGUUAGUUUCCCAUAAUAGAAAUUUUAUGUGGUUGUUAAUUACUUGCCAGUGAGGAGAACUGUUCUUGUGAUUUUUGUCAUCAGAUAAAAUAGAUGAAAAUGUCUGUUUUAAGAAGCAGCAAAAUGGAUGAAACCUGUUUUAGUAACUACUGUCAGUGACAAUGUUAUCAGUGCCCUUCAACUGGGUAGUUUAGUCACACUUUCUGGAAGACAUCAGUCUUCAUUUUUUCGUUCUAAUGCUAAGUGAUUUUAAAUUCUUGUUUCAGAAACUAUUAUUUUUUCCCUAUCAUGAGUCUGCUGCACAUCAGAGCUCACUUGAAAAGUUUUCUGUGGUUCCUGAUAACAAGGUAGAGCAGUACAGUGGCUUAAGCCCUCAGAUUUUACAUCAGGAGUCUGUAAAAGAAUAUUUUAAGAACAUCAUUUUUCUUCCUUGAUGCUCUGGAUUUUUAAACCAUUUUGAUAAUAUAUUAUAUGGCGUCAUAUCACAACUGGCAUUGCUAUAAUCAACUGCAUCCUUAUUUGUUUUGAUUUGGAAGAUGAGAAUUCUGAAAAAGCAUGAAGGAACAUCCAGACUUAAAAAUUAUGGUAAGCGUUAGAAGUGUAUUCUUUUCAUAUUUAGUGUAGACUAACAAGCUCUCCAUAUAUAAGGAACUUGAAAUUGUGCUGUCCAACCAGUCUUGAUCACAUCAGCAAAUUUAGGUCACCAGGUCACAGUUAUUGUGGCUCAUGUGAAUAACUCAACGGUGGCAUUGGUUCUACACCAUGUUCAUACCAUACUAUUGUGUAGUAUUUUCCUUAUGGAUUUAAUUAACAUGGCUAGCUGUAUUCCUUCACAUUGCCUAAAAUGCAGGUGAAUGUGUUAGGUUGAUGUACAGUAUUAUUAACUAUGGACACUGAAAAUAGGAAAAUGUGGACUAUUUAAUGAGGGUUUUGUGUGUGUUUCUUUUUUAAGUCAGGGUCUCAUAUCCUAGGCUAGCUUUGAACUUUCUAUGUAGCUAAGGUUGGCCUUAAACCCCUGACCUUCCUACUUUUACUUCCCAGGUUCUGGUGUAAGUAUGUAUCACCAAACCUAGCUCUGUACCUAGCUCUGUUUUGUUGUUGUUUUUGUUGGGGUUUUUAUUUUGUUUUGUUAAUUGAGAUAUUUUGUAACACUGACUGGCCUAUUACUUGCUGUAUGAACCAGGCUAGUCUUGAACUUCUGGCAAUCAUCUUGCCUCCACAUCUAGAGUGCUGAGAUUACAGAUGUGUGCCACCAUUCUUGGCAAGGUUUGGCUCUUUAGUAAGUUUUUCAAGUCUGCUCUGAGACCUGUCUCUGAUAUCCUCCAACCCCCCCUCCCCCACCAAAAAUGACUUUUGGAAAUACUUUUUCAGAUACUUUUUAGUUUUGUUUCAUGGUUAUUUAUUCCUAUAUAUUAGAACUUAGAAUUCUACAUUUCCUACCCUAACUGAAAACUUGAGGUUAUAAAAUCUUUGCGGAGGGGCGGGGGCUUUUUGUUGAAUUGGGAUAAAACACCAAAAAUGUUACUAUUGCCACUUUUAAGUUCAAUUCAGGAAAUGUCUGUACCUUUAAUGAAGCGUUUCUAGAACUUUUCAUUGUAGAAAGUUUAAACUCUUCUAUCACUUAGAUAAGAGUUCCCUUCCUCCCGCUGCUUCCCACGGCCCUUGGCAGGCAGGCACCAUUCCGUUUCCUGUUAUGACCUCAGUUCUUCUCAUUUAGCAUGUGACAGAAUUUCUUUUUUUAGAGCCCAGUAAUCUACACAUUUACUACAUGUUAUUGAUCAUUCAUCUACUGGUGGACAUUGACCGCUUCCCCUUCCUGGUUAUUAUAAAUAAUGCUGUUGUGUGUGUACAUAUGCCUCCUUUUAAACACAGCACUUGAUUAGUCUCUUUCGGUGUUUUAUUACAUCAGUUUGUUGUCAACUAUUUUUAAAAGCUUUUAGAUUGUAGGCUUGCAAAUGCUGUAUAACUGUUCCGAGCUUAAAUCAUCUCUAAUAAAAUCUGAAAUGCCUUGUA